AAUACAGUAUCCGCAAAGGCGUAUCUGCAUAGGCGUUUUAUCUAUAAGAAUUUCACUCAUAUCUAGGGUUUUCAAACGGCGCUUGUUCUUGAGUCUCAAACAAAAAAACCCCAAGUUUCACAUGAAAAAUUGACAGGAAAUGAGCCAAAACAAAGAAGAUUCUGGGCCAGGGGAGAGGUUCCAGAUGAUACAACCCCAUCGUGAUCUUGAAUUGAACUUUGAAAUUGAUGUUGCAAAGACUCUUGAAGAUUAUCUCCUACGGAUUUGUUCUGGGGAAGGCGAUAGUGAAGAAGAUGGCCCUCCCUCUAUUAAUUUUGCUGAAGCCGCGAUGCUGCUUCAGAAUUCGAUACAAGUCUACAGUAGGAAAGUGGAAUAUCUUUAUUCCUGUGUUCUAAAUACUUUGAAGUUUUUAAAGCAACAGAGUGAACCCAACCAAUCGGAGGAUGAUGGUGACUCUAGUGACGGUUCUGCUCGUGAUGAAGGUGGUGGUAAACGUCCUGCUCAUGAUGAUGCAAAUAUUGAUUUUUGGGUCCCAAAUGACAUCCCAGUGGAACCAAAUAUCACCCUUGAGAGUGGAGCUUGUUGUAUUUUAGAUGACUUUGUGAAGCCCCCUGCAGAUCUUCUCUUGCUUGAAGGUGACUGCUUAGAUGCUAAUGGUGAAGGCGGAGAAUUGGAUUCGUAUCUGUUGGCCAAAUGCGAACUCUACAAGGAUUUCAUUUUGCUGGACCCCUCUGAUGCAGCAGCAAUUGAUGAAUAUCUGAAAGAGAAUCAGGAACCAGAGGUAAAGCAGAAUGGUGUCAGCAGAGGAAGCUCUCAGCGUUCUCACAAGAGCUUCUUAUCUCCGACUAAAGAAAAGGGGGGAUCUGCUCUUAAAAGUCCAAAUGCGCAUUUUGACCAAUCUCCUGGUCUUGAUCAUGGCUUUGAUUUCAUUGACUUUAAUAAUAAUGUUCCCCAAAAUAACAACAGCGAAUUCGAAAUGGAAGGCGGUGGGUAUCCAGGAUCUGAGGAUGAUGAUGAUUCAGAUGAAGAUGAUCUUUGGAAACCCUUAAACCCCCACGAACCGGGGAAUUUGAAAGUUAAGCCAUUUAAGGAAGUGAAAGCUAACAGAUGGGAUGGGUCAAAACCCAGUAAGAGAACCUCUGUAACUAAAGAGUUUCCUCUUGCACCAUUUCAUGGUCCCAUCAGUUCUGAUAUUGCACAUGUAUGGGAGUCACGGCGCCAUCCUUCAGGAAGUCAGCAGUCCAAAUAUCCUCUCUACGAAAAGCUGCGGCAAUCACUUGUUCUUGGGGAGCAUGAUACAUUUGACGAAUAUAAGUCCAAGGCUGUAGAUGAGGACAAUGGAUAUGAUAGUGAGGAUGACUAUUCUGGACCUGAAUUUGACAUGCCUGAGAAUACAUUCAUGAAUGAAGAUGUUGCAUACAUGAAUGAAGAUAACAACAAUGGCGGUGCUCCUUUUCACACUGAUACUGCUUCUGGCAAUGACGAUCCAACUCCGGAUGCAAAUCUUGAAGAUCUUUGUCACAAACACCUUGAUUCUCUUGUCCCAAACCUUAAAGAAAUUGAGGAACAGAAUGAAAUGGCUGUUCGGGUGUCAACAUGGAAAGAUCGAAUUGAGCAGAGCUUGGAAGAGCAGGAUGCACUCCCUCCCUUUGACAUACAUACAUAUGGUGAGAAACUUUUGGAGAAGUUGUCUGUGGAAAAUGAAGGUGAAAAGACCAUGUCUUUCACUGAUGUUGUUAAGGGACAAGAGAAACACGAUGUUGCUCGAACAUUUUGUGCAAUGCUUCAGUUGGUGAACAAUGGAAAUAUUGAUUUGCUAAGAGUUGAAGAUAAUGGAGAUAAGGAAGAUAAUCAAGACAAGGAGCGCAAAUGCUACACUGCUAAAAAACCAUUCUACAUUAAGCUCCUUAGGCACAAGAGACGGCAAGAGGUGCAGCUUCGAUCAUCGAAGAAGGCUAAAUCUCCGGCAACAAAUACAAAAGCAUCAAAAGGGAAGGGUAAGUCUGCGAAAAAAAAGCAUUGAUCUAUCUUUCUCAAAUGCAAAGACAUCUGAACUGAAUGGCAAGUUCUCUUCAAUGCAAUGAGAAGUGGGUCCUAAAUGGUAGGGCUUGUAAGCUGUAAUGACAGUUCUAGACAAUGUUGAAUUAUACCGAUAUACCUAGAGAAGGAAUUUUAACCAUAUACUCCACAAUUUAAGCUUAGCUUAUAAUGUGGUGCCCAUUGGUUUUUUUUAUAUAAAUUUUCUUUGAACAUAA